AUGACGAGCAGCACCGUGCGCACUCGGCCUCAGAAGCAGUCGGGGGAUGACAGGGAGGUGGUUCCAGCCUUUGUGCUGCUGAACUACCCAGUGCAGCCACCGGUGGGAAUUGAAAGGCAGUGGCUCUUUCCUGGUCCUCGUGGGGGAAUAGUCAGUGUUUGUGUAAACAAAACCGCCCGCUUAUCCAUGUUGAUUUGUAGCUCAGACCGCCAAACAGCCCGUCAGGGUGUUCACAUUUGUGAGUGUCGUGUGCUGGAUCUGGCUGGAUCCAGUGCUGGAUUUAGAAGGGCGGUGGAGGAGUUUGUUUUACUGCGGUUGCUGGCAGUCAUUUUUCACCCUCCUCCUGAAGUGAAGCAGCUCUUUGCCAGAUGUGUGCAGUGUCGGCAUGUUCACACCUGCGAAGCAGAGUGUGACAAGCUGCGGCGGGAUGGCUACCGGAGCUCGCAGUAUUACUCUCAGGGCCCGACCUUCUCCUCGUCCUCCAGCGCAAUCUGUGGAAGUUACCAGGAUGAUUAUGAAGAAAUUGAACAAAAGUGUCUCGCCUCUUCCCCAGAAGAAGAAAAGCUUAUUACCAUCAAAAGGCCUAAAACUCCAGUUUCAAAUGAAUUAUCAGAUAUCAACACCCAAACCAACUGGACUAAGUCACUCCCACUGCCAACGCCAGAAGAGAAAAUGCGACAACAAGCGCAGGCAGUCCAAACAGAUGUGGUUCCUAUUAAUGUGACUGCAGUUGGCACUGGCCAAAGUGAUUUCCGAGGGCAUUCGAUGUAUGUCCCAGAUCACUGUUCCACGCUAGGGAGACUAGACAGCUAUCGCUCUGCUAUGCAGCGCUCUGAAACCAAGGACACCAGCUGCCAGACGGAGGAAGUUAAAGUUGUGCCCCCUUCAAUGAGAAGAAUACGAGCGCAGAAAGGACAAGGCAUUGCAGCCCAGAUGUCUCAGUUCUCCAGCUCAUCUGGAAACAUGUCAGUGAUGAGUGAUUCUGCUGCAGUUAUAUUUGCUUCUCGCCAAAAUAGCGACAUAGGUUUUCACAGCUUGCCUCGGGCUGGUGCGAGAGUGUCUCUUCAGUCCCUAGAACAGACACAGAGCAUCUCUAGGCAGACGGAAGACAUCGCUGGCACUUUACCCCACCAGAUAAGUAAAUUACAAGUGGAUGAUAGUGGUGUGCAUUUGAGGAAUACUCUCACAACGGGGACCCUGUCGAGGCCAAAGUCUCAAGAGGUGAGAAGCUAUGAUAGCGAAAAGUCCUCAAGUCCAGCAUGUGUGGUCUCUCCUCAUGCCACCUACUCAACGAGCAUCAUACCCAACGCAACACUGUCAUCCUCCUCAGAAGUUAUUGUUAUUCACGCUGCCCAGAGUGUUGGAUCAUUGGAUAGUAAAACUGCCAGCUCCACUGCCUACCCAAAGCCGAGAGACAAUCCUGUUGUCAGCAGUGCAGUAAGUGGGAAAGAAGAUCACCAUUCUUCAAGUGGUAACUGGAGUGAGAGUAGCUCCACGCGUCACUCACAGACUUCAGAUACCAUCCCAUCUAAUCCUGUCAUGAUGCUUUCUCUUGGUGACUCUGCUGUCUCUCUUAGCACUCCUGGAAAUGCAGAGGCUGGGUCUCAGAGCACGAGUUACAGCUGUGGGGACAAUCUUGCCUUACCAAACCCUUCCCAGGACAGCGAUGGCAGGAGUGAAUCUAGCUCUUCAGGGGAGCAAGCGCAAACGGCAGUGAACAGCACGGAGCAUUGGCUGUACAAGUCUGUAGAAAACAGUGAGACUCCUUCAUGCAAGGUAGUUUGUACCACACCAGGCUCUGCCACUCCCAGGAGCAACCAGAGCAGCAGCAGCCUGGAGAGGACUUCGAUCAGGGACGAUUCUACUUCCCUGUAUUCUGUGGACCACGAUGGUUAUUACAGUUCCAUGCAUAUGGACUCUGGACUGAAGUCAGACAGGGCAUGCAAUAGUACUAAUGGUUUUGGGAACCCCAGACACGGCGUGAUAAAUGUCUUUGAAGGAAAGGAGAAGAAACAUCAGGAUGACCAGUCAGGCCAAGGUGACAGGUCCCUUGCAAGAAACAUCUCUCUGAAAAAGGCAAAGAAGCCGCCUUUGCCCCCAUCCAGAACGGACUCACUCAGAAGGCUACCCAAGAAAAAAGCCCAGUCCAAUGGACAGGUACUUGAUGAAACCCUCAUUGCCACCCUCCAGCAUUCUCUGCAGUUGAAUCUCAAGUGCAAAAAUGGCAGCUCCCCUUCCCAGAGCCCCUGCAGCGAUUAUGAGGAUCCCUGGGUGUUGCGCUCCCGCAGCCAAAGCUCAGUCAGUGCAAGCAGCAGCAUGAUGUCCACCACUGCUCCAAACCUGUACUCCAUCUGCACAGUCACUCCCUCUCAGAGUGAAACAAGUAGCAUCAAGUCAGAGUAUGCUGACCAGUGGGGUUACUACAGCGAGUAUGCUGCGGUGGCAGACGACCAGGUGAAAUCCCCAGUGACCCAUUCUGCCAGUACGUCAUCUGCUCUCAGCGAUUACAGCAUCAGCCACUUCAGCGAUGGCUCAAGGGCUUCUGUGCCGCAAGUGCCCAGUGGACUGGCCAAACCAAAGAGCACUUCUCCGGAGAAAUCCCACCGAGUCACAUCACCAUCGAGUGGGUACUCCAGCCAGUCCAAUACCCCCACUGCGCUUACUCCAGUGCCUGUAUUUUUAAAAUCUGCAUCAUCAGGAAAUGGGAAAUCCAAGCUGAAGCCUAAAGUGCCUGAAAGGAAAUCCUCUCUACUGUCUUCAGUCUCCGUGUCUUCAUCCUCUACUUCUCUUUCUUCAAAUACAUCGACUGAAGGGAGUGUGAGUGUGAAGAAAUUGGACUCCACCCUGAGCUGUCCUCCAGAUUCUGGUGUGCCUCCUCCACCACCUCCUCUUCCAACACCUCCUCCGCAUUGCCCCGAACUUUCUCCCCCUCCUCCUCCCCCUCCUCCUCCUCCAGCAGAAGUUAUGGAUCUGUCACCAUUGCCAGCCUCUCCCACAUUCCCUCCUCCUCCGCCAGAAGCUGAUGUAAAUUCUCCCUUUGCCCAGACCGUCCCAUGGUCUCCACAAGAAGCCUCCAUGAGUUCCUUCUCUUCCCCUGUUCCUUCUCCUCCUAUUUUCCCCUUAGCUGUCCCGCCACCAGCACCACCUCUUGAUCCCAAACUAACAAAAGGCGCAACAAUAUACCCGCAGUAUUCUUUUAAGAAACGUAACCAGGAAGACUCUUGCUACAGUCCAGUGAGACAGCCACUCCACAAGCAAGAUGCAUUGAGACCUGUCAUGCCAUUAGUAACUACCAAAGCAUUGCAAAUGGUGCAGCUGAGGUCUGUGAAAAAAGCGACAGAAGGCGAACCAUCACCUGAAUCUGCUUCUGAAACCACCUCUCAGGAAAAGGGUACUGUAAAUUCAUCAUCGCAGUCUUCCCUAAAGCCACCUCUCUCCCUAAGACUCAGUAGCAGCUUAGGCGAAGAGGAAAUGAAAACUCAAGGCACUUCAUUUAAAAACUCAGUUCAAACACUGGCUCGGGGUUCUCCUCUCGUUCUCUCCGAUAACGUACCUGCGCUUGACAGCGAUCAAAAGCCUGUGAGUACAGUAGGUCUAAACAAGUCUUUCAAAGCGGAGGCACUGGGGACAGGUACUGACGACACACCUGAGUCUCCCAUGCAGGGUGAAGACCUCCGUUCUGGCAUGUCGCUUCAGGGUUCACCAGCAUCUCCCGACAAGACUCAGGUCAUACUGCCAAGCAAGAAACCACCUCCUAUUUCAAAGAAACCCAAACUGUUCCUUGUUGUACCACCUCCACAUUUAGAUCUUACAGUGGAGAAAACAGCUGAAGUGAGUGAUACUGUCAGAAGCACAUCAAGCCCAACUGAGAGAGACGCUGUGCUUGCACACUGCGAGGAGGCGAGAAAUUGUCUUACAGAUGGACUCAGUUCUAGCGAGAUGGACUCUGGCAGCCUGGUUCCUGAGGGAGGAGCUGCCGGAUUCACCUUCUCUGAGACGAUGGGAGCUAAUGCCUUUGUGGUACAGCCUGCUGCAUCACCAGUUCCAGAAGAACCCAGGCAGGAGGAGCAGUCCGCGUUUGAUGAAGGCAGCAGUUCAGGCAGCAGCCAAGACAGCGGCAGUAACGCUGACGAGCACCUAUCUCAAGAGAACGAAAGUGUGGAGGUGUUUGAAUCAGACACAGCAAAUAGUUCAUUCCUGCCGAGCCAUAGUUAUGGGGAAGAGACGGACGGAGUGGCAACACCAGCGAGACCAAGGACUACUGAGGAUCUUUUUGCAGCCAUUCACAGAUCCAAAAGGAAAGUCCUUGGCCGUAAAGAUUCUGAAGACGACCGUACCCGCAACCAUUCUCCGUCUCCCCCCGUAACUCCCACUGGUGCUUCCCCAACCUUAGCUACCCUCAAACAAGCCGGAUCUAUUCAGAGAAGCGUUCGCAAGAGCAGCACCAGCAACGACAACUUCAAAGCCCUGCUGCUGAAGAAAGGGAGCCGCUGUGACACCAGUUCACGCAUGUCCGCGGCAGAGAUGUUGAAGAACACGGACCCGCGGUUCCACCGGACGAAGAUGGAUGCCUCCCCCGACCUUUCCGACAGCCCUGCCAGCUGCUCACCCAGCAAGAGCAAACGGGCCCAGGAAGAGUGGGCCAAGAGCGAGGGCCUGAUGCCAAGGAGCAUGUCCUUCUCUGGCACUCGCUACGGCCGGUCACGAACACCCCCCUCUGCUGCCAGCAGCAAAUAUAAUGUCCGCAACCGCAUCCAGAGCAGCCCUAUGACCGUCAUUAGUGAAGGCGAUGGGGAAGUGGUGGAACAGUCAGAGGGCAGGGUCCGAAGGACUUUGGAAGAGCAGCAGGAGAGGCAGCUUGAUAUGUUUAACAGUGACGAAACGGACAUGAGUGACUUUCCGUACGCUGAGGAGGCAGGCUGCAAGGACACUUUGGAUCCAACCCAUCUAGACUUAAUGACUCAACCAGGUACUUCAGGGAAGUAUCUAAGCUCUUCAGCUGAAGAAAGUUAA